GCGGCUUAGAGGGAGGAAGUCGCGGGAGGGUUUAGCAUUCAGGCUGGGAGGUUGUGUUGCAGGUGUGCUUGGAGAGCUGCUGUUGCAAAGGCAGGUAGGCAUGCACUUUUCAUAUUUCCCUCACCUUCUUUAGUGAGUAUCACAGAUAGUCAUGUUUGUGCCAGUAUUUAUUUAGCAGCUGGAGGGAUCGUAUGGGGCGGCGGAGAACCAACGGGAGGGAUAUUUGCACCCGCUAGGCAUUUGCACGAUUGCGAAAGAGAGAGAAGCAGAUUGAACUUCCAGGGAAAAACGAGGCGUAAUUCGCUGGGCUAUUAGAAUGGGGAGGGCUUUCCGAGUCGUAUGCUCAAGAUCACAUUAAAUUAAUGUAAAUGAGCUGACGUGGAAUUGCUUUUGAUCUUUGCCGCUCUCUUAUAAUAAUAAUAAUAAGAAGAAGAAGAAGUAAUAAUAAAAAACUUAUAUUUGUAUUGCGCCCUUCCCGGCUGAAACCGGGCUCAGGGCGGCUAACAUCAAAAGUAUAGCGUUAGUAUAUGUUGCCUAGGCUGGCCCGGAAUGGCAUGUCUUACAAACAUUAUUUGUUCAUAAGAAACCACAGAAAUCAGUGUGAAAUUUCUACUAUUUUCACUGUCAAGCGAAUCCUACAUGUGUAUUCUAGAUCAAUUAAUGUAGGAUAAAAGUAUAGCUUUGUGUUGUGCUCAGAAUAGUACUAUCAGUCACAUAAGCUAUAUAUCUGCCAAGCACUUUGUGAUAUAUCCACAAUAGGGCUUUUGUCAUGUUCAAUAUCAUUUCAGGUUUGCCUCUCACCGCCCCAGCAGAAGAUUGCAGCCCUGUGCACCCUUAUCUGGGAGUAAACCUCAUUGAACAUAAUAGGACUGCAUUUAAAGUAAACAGGUAGAGUUUCAGACUUUGUGUUUUGCACUUGCAGUGGGUGAAAGAUCUGUUGGGUAUGCACAAGCACUUUUAACUUCAGGCCCAGGCAGGUGGGGUUAGGAUUAUGUGGGGAUGUGACCCUCCUGUACCUUUCUGUCUGGCCCUUAAGCCUCUGCCCAGCCACACUUUAUUUUUUCAAGUCACACCUCUCACCAGCCCUGCUCCUCCACCCUCCUUGAAUGCUUGUCUUGGCUGGAGUAUGUCAUUGAAUAAUCCAUCUUGAUUUCCUGCAUGGAGGACAGAGGUGUGCAUGUGUAAACUACAAAGGUAAAAUUUACAGGUGUUGUUCCACUCAAGUUUUGCCCCUGGCCCUGCCCGCUACUGGCAUGUGGCCAUUGGAAGGUUGUCCAGAAGGAUUUGUGGCUCACAGUCUAAAAAAGUUUCCUCACCUCUGUCCUGAAGGAUCAUGGGAUUGUGGCCUAUCACUUCCAGAAAGGUCCCUUUUAGCUAAACACUGCAGCUUUUUACCUUCCAAUGCAAAUGUUGAAGGACACACUGUCAUUUGUGGGGUUUUUUUUCUUUGAAAAGAGGAGAGAAGACAAUAUAUAUCUAUAUUUUUGAGCAGGUUUAGCAAACCUACAAUAAAUGUAAAAGAGAUUGUAACAUGAGUUGGGUAAGGAAUUUCCAAAGGUAGAAAAGCAGUUGCAUAACUGGAUCAAAGGUAAUGAAUACCUCUUGAGAAUAAGCGAGGAAAGCAAACAAAGGGAGUCCGUGGAGACGUAUCUUUAUGUAAUAAUAAAACUAGUUUAAAGCUUGCACAUUCUUGCCUUUUCUAAUCACAAUAAAAUGUUCUGUGGAGUUUACAUUUAGCCUUUCCUUUUCACAGCCAUGACACUACUUCACAGUGCUAUGAAGGCAUUACUAAAUCAUUUAUUUAAAGGUAAAGGUACCCCUGCCCGUAUGGGCCAGUCGUGUCCGGCUCUGGGGUUGCGUGCUCAUCUCGCUCUAUAGGCCGUGAGCCGGCGCUGUCCGAAGACACUUCCGGGUCACGUGGCCAGCGUGACGAAGCUGCUCUGGCGAGCCAGCACCAGCGCAGCACACGGAAACGCCAUUUACCUUCCUGCUAUAAAGCGGCACCUAUUUAUCUACUUGCACUUAAGAGUGCUUUCGAACUGCUAGGUGGGCAGGAGCUGGGACCGAACGACUGGAGCUCACCCCGCCGCGGGGAUUCGAACCGCCGACCAUGCAAUCGGCAAGUCCUAGGCACUGAGGUUUUACCCACAGCACCACCCACGUCCCCAUUUAUUUACUUGAUUAUUUAUUUCAGGGAUGGUGAACCUUUCAGCCUCAGUGCUGCAUUUGCUUCUCAGCAAGCUUUCAGGAGCCACAUGGUAGUGGUGGGCAGGGCCGGAGGCAAAAGUGGGCAGAACAAUAAAUGUGAAUUUCAUCUCACCCAUUCAUUCUUCUUUAGUCAACAUCAAGGCAAUAGUGGCAGAAACAGAAAAGAAUUCUGAGGGGGCACAGAAGGAGCAAAGAAUAUUUCUAGGUGGGCGAGUCGUGCCUCACAAUAUCUCUGAAAGAAAAAUACAGCAUAUGUUGCCCACUGCUAAUGCAAUAUUCAUUUUCCCCACUGAAUAUUUUUGUGCUAAGCUUGUAACGUGUUUGUUUGGGGAGAUGACGGUGGCACUCACAAGAUUUUUAUCCCUUCUUCCGUGCAGUAAGCAUGUCUUCCAGUCCAACUGUAUUGAUGCGUCUUGUGGCCUCAGCAUAUUCUGUCGCUAAUAAAGCAGGAACAAUUGUGAGGAAAGUCAUGGCCGGAGGAGAUCUAGGUGUAGUUGAGAAGGUAACUGUCAGCACAAUCCUAUGCAUGCCUCCUCAGAAAUAAGUUCCAAUUUAGUCCAGUGGGACUUACUCCUAGGUAAGUGUGCAUUGCAUUAAUGAUCAACCCCAGUAUAACAUGUAGCAGAAUUCUGUGCAUGUUUAACUCAGAAACAAGCCUCUCAGUGUUCAGUGGGGGCCUAUUCUGGAUUGCUAUUUUCAGAUAGGCCAUGCCAACAUCAGUUGAUGGGGUGCGGGGGAAUGCACUAGUUUCCUGAACUGUAAUCAGAAAUCAUGGCCCACAUUACUGUGAAUCCACUUGUCAACUUUCUCUUUCUGAAUCAUUUUGCUGGCUAUCCCUAUAGAUUCUAGGACAGUAUAGAGCAGGCAUAGGCAAACUCGUCCCUCCAGAUGUUUUUGGCCUACAACUCCCAUCAUCCCUAGCUAACAGGACCAGUGGUCAAGGAUGAUGGGAAUUGUAGUCUCAAAAACAUAUAUAGACUCUGCAGAUGCCUGCUUUCCUAGGCUUCUGGGACAUUUUAAAAUUACAGGCUUUGAAAAAUGCUUGACUUUGCAGGAUUCCAUAGGCAAUAAUCUAGAAUCCAAGAGCUGAUAAAACCCAAGUAUUGACCCUUUCUUGCCAAUUCCAUCAAAGUGAUUCAAAGAGAUUCUUCACUGUGGUGUUUGUGAUUUUUUUUUGCACACAUGUUUUCUCUCUGCAGAACAGCCAUAGCUCACUAGUAGAGCAUCAUGUUGUGCAUGCAGAAGGUCCCAGGUUUAACCCCACUAUCUUCUGGUAGGGCUGGGAGACAUCCUUGUAUGAAACCAUGGAGACCCACUGCCAGUCAGUCUUGAUAAUAUUGAGCUGGAUGGGCCUCUGUAUAAGUCUUCUUUAUGUGCUGGAAAUUGUGACUGGUGUUUUAUUUAUCAUCAUGUAUAUCCUGUCUUUCCUUCAAGGAGCUCAAGGUGGCAUAACUAGUUCUUUCCCCACUUUAUCUUCGCAACAACUCUGUGAGGUCAGUUAAGUAGAAAGAUGGUCACUAUCUCACACAGUGAUCUUAAUGGCUGAGUGGGGAUUUGAAUGUGGGUCUUCCCAGCCUAGUCCAACACUCCAACCACCGCACCAUGAUGGUGCUUAUGAAUGUCUUAAGUUUCUGCAUCUUGUUUCAAGGCCUGGAGUCUAACUCUGAUCUACCUUUUACUGCACCUUAACAGAAACAUCUUUACAUAAAAUCCAAUUACAUUUUAAAAAUAAAAGUAGAGAACCAGAAAACAUGUUGGGUAUGAGUUGGUGGUUAAAGGGAACAUCUGUUUCAGGAAUAUAAAAAUGAGUACCUUAUUUGGAAAUAUAUUUAUAAAUAUAUGUUAUAGUGCUUUGAAAUAUUCACUAGAUGACUGCUAGUUAGAUAUGCAAACAUGCAAACUUAUCUAAGUCUAAAGCAUUCCACAAAAAAGGCACCUUCCCUCUGUUGGAACAUGGAAAUAUUUGCUGGGCCAUAAAACCCCCAGGUUCACAAGAUUACCAUGGCCUCUUGUCAUAGUUUACAAGCUGAGAAAUGUAUUUGCAUGGCUGUUAGUAUAUCUUCACUGGGGAAAGGAAGGAAGUUAGUAUUCUGUUUGGGCCACAUCAUAGCUUUGACUGUCAACCUCUUGGUUUUCUAUCUGAACAGUCAGGAGCUAAUGACCUGCAGACCAAGGCUGACCGGCUGGUGCAGAUGAGCAUUUGUUCCUCUUUGGCACGGAAGUUUCCUAAGCUCACAAUCAUCGGUGAAGAGGUGAGGACACUAAAAUCCAGCAUGUGCUGUUCAGGCUUACCUAAUUUGAUACUUUGUAGGGCACAAUUGUGGUGUACAAAAAUGUAUAAAAAUGCACUAGAACAGCAAUAAAACCACAAUCCACUCAAAAACGAGCAGCAGCAGCAAUACAUCAACAGCAAUUGAUAAAAGCAGCAAUUGAUUAAUUGAGACAAUUAGUAAAAAGCAAAUAAAAUGUCCUCAGUUUUUUUUUCUUAUUGCUGCCUCUUCAUAGCUUAUAAUUUUUUUAAGCCCCAAAGAGAGAGAUUUGUCAAUCCACACACACACCACCACUGUUUCUUUCUCAUGUUACCCAAUAUUACGUAGGUUUAUGCAUGGUGAACCGGCAAAUACUUAUGUACCCGUCUCAGUAUUAUUAACCUUUACUGUGCAACUCUCUCUUCUUUUUACAUCAGGAUCUUCCCUCUGAAGAUGUAGAUGAAGAGUUACUUGAGAAUGGCCAAUGUGAGGAGAUAUUGAAGAAAGCCUGUCCACAGCAGUAUACUAACAUUAAAGAAGAAGAGGUACUAAUAACUAAAGGUUCAUCUAAUUAUUGAAUUAGAUGUCACCCCAGUUAUGGAACACUCUUCCCAAGGGAAGUUUGUCUGGUGUCAAUUUUGUUUUCCUUCCUGGGCCAGGUGAUUGCAUUUUUAUUCUUACAGGCAUUUGGAUAGCACCAGGAGUUUGGCUUUUGGUGGCUGUUUUUUGGUGUGUGUUCUUACACAGGUGGGAUGGUUUGUUUUAUAUUGUUAGAUGACUUUUCUGGGUGAGCCGUUCUAGUGUAUUUGUACUGUUGUAAAAUAUCUUUUAUUGUACAAUAUAUUUAAUAUGUCAUUGGUUUUGUAAAUUGGUUUGGGAUUUCUGACUGUGUGAAGAAAGACAUACAUUUGGAUAAAUUAAAACUAACAUUAAUCCUUAACCAUAAAAAGAUUUCUUAUUCAGCAGUGAUGCAGUUGCUCCAAGUGAAGAUGCACUUCACAAUUUCUUUUCUUCUUUCUUGCUAGCUAUGCUUUUGAUAUCAAGUCUGUAUCUCUGCUUGAAACUCUCCUUUGUUUUGUUUCCUUUCAAAGCUUGUUGUAUGGGUCGACCCUCUGGAUGGAACCAAAGAAUACACAGAAGGUUUGCUUUUUCUUUCAGUGCAUUCACAUUGAGUAUGCACUUUUGUUUUAUUAAGCACAAUGCCAAAGUCAUAUUGAGUUAAUGUGUGACAUUUACCAGUGAUAACUGGACAGGUAGAGGUCACCAUUACCUGAAAAAGCUGUAGGAGAUUGGGUUUGAUAAUAGAAAUUGGACUGUGAAACCAAAUCAGCUGGGUGAUUUAUUCAUUCUUUGUUAAUUGACUAAGUCAACAGUCCUAUCUCCCCUUCAUCUGGAAGCUAGUCCCACUGAACUCAAUGUGACUUACUUCUGAGUAGACAUGUAUAGGAUUGUACUGUCAAUUGCUAGCCACAUUCAGGGAAGCCCUAUUUCUGCCAAGCUAUGUUGUGAGAAUUCGAGCCUGUCUUAGCUCUUCCUUUUUAAAAUGAAUCUUGAUUUUAGUGAAUCAGUAUUUUAAUGAGUGAUAGCCAACACCUCUUGCUUGUCUAGAGUUGGCAGCCUUUGAGUGUAAUACAGUAAAAUCCAGUACAGUGGUAUCUUGGGUUACAUACACUUUAAGUUACAUACGCUUCAGGUUACAGACUCCACUAACCCAGAAAUAGUGCUUCAGGUUAAGAACUUUGCUUCAGGAUGAGAACAGAAAUUGUGCUCCAGCAGCAUGGCAGCAGCAGGAGGCCCCUUAGGUGAAGUGGUGCUUCAGGUUAAGAACAGUUUCAGGUUAAGUACGGACCUCCGGAACGAAUUAAGCACUUAACCCGAGGUGCCACUGUAUAUAAGAAAUAAAGAGACAAGGUGCAGGAAACUUGCUCAAGAUAAGCAGGUGCAGCAGUGUCUGGAUAGGAGAGAGAGUGCCUGAGAACAAUACCUUCACCAUCUUGAAUUUCAUCAUGGGUGAAAGGUGGGAUAUAAAUGUAAUAUAAUAAAUAUACCUGCAGCAAGUUUCUAUUAUAUUAUCAUGUUCUAAAUAUUCCGAAACUGUAAAUCUAACUAGGGGGGUAGCCCAGGUUGUGCCCUCGGGGUGUUGCUUGACUCCCGCUCCCAAUGGCCUCCCAUAACUUGGGUGAUGGACAUGGGUGAUGGGAGUUUUUCCCCUCAACACCUGGGGACCACCACCCUGGUUAUGCCUGGUCUAACCCUAUGCUGAGAAAAACGCUUGAUAUGACCUGAGAUGGCACAGAUGACAAAAGUUAGAAGACGUUUCAAGCUACAACUCUUUAUUCCCUCUUUCAGGACUUCUUGAUCAUGUGACAGUUCUUAUCGGAAUUGCUUAUGGAGGAAAAGCAAUAGCAGGAGUCAUUAACCAACCCUAUUAUAACUACGAGGUAGGAGAUGCCUUGAUUUGCUGAAAAGUAUCAAACAAAUUGCCUGAUUCCCCUAGCUGCUGCUGGAUAAUGCUGUGCAUAUAGCAGUGGUGUAUGUCUAGAUAAAAGGAAGUGCACAAAACCAGGCAAAGAAUUAUUUCUAAGGGGAGGAUCAACUCUUUCUUACUAAAUCCCACUAGGCAAAUGCUAUGCCCACAAUCAGGGCUUAUCUGCAAUCUUGUUGUAGAGUCAGGGAAAACUUUUUAUAUAUAACAUCAGGAAUUCUUGAGUUGUUUUGUUAUAAAGUAACGCACCGUAUGCUGUGGUCUGCUGCGAUUAGGCUUAAAGGCUGGAAAUAUUUCUGGAUGCUGUGCAGAGAUUAUCUCCUAUGGAUGAUUGGGAUAGAGCUGCUGUACUUAACAGUCUGGGUAAAACCUGGAGCUUUGUCUUAUUUACAUGGUGGAAAAAGCACUAAAUUUAUAAAGGUAAUUGAGUAAGUGAGCUUGAUGGUACAAUGAUUGGAGUCAAAGAUAAAAUGUUUGGGAAAGCAAAUAAAGAUUGUAUAUCAGAAAGCGAAACAGUUGACUUAGUACCAUUAGUGGGAUUCUAUUUCCCCUUUAGGGAGUUUUGGAGGAAGUAAUAUUAUCUUACGAAGUGUUCUGAGACGUUAUAUGUUAUUAUAGGGCAAAAGUAGACCUCAUACUGCUGUAACUCGGGAAAAGAAUCACAGAGUCCUGACUCUAUUUCUUCACUAAUCAUAAAAAUACAAUCCCUACCAGGGAUGGAACUUGCAUGUUAAUGCAAAAAAGCGGCAAAAUAAGAGAAAUGCUAUUAAAUAAGUUUUGUUUUCUUUCCACAGCAUAAGUGCAGUACUUCCAGCGAUCAUCUGCGUUACUUUCUUUUUAAAACUGUAGUUUACGACAAAAGGUAUCAUUGCAGUGUCUGAACUUUUUGUACCUUUUUUGCAGGCAGGUGCAGAUGCAGUCCUGGGCAGGACAAUAUGGGGAGUCCUAGGUUUGGGUGCCUUUGGAUUUCAGCUGAAGGAGGCUCCAGCUGGGAAACAUAUUAUCACCACCACACGGUCACACAGCAGCAAGCUGGUCAAUGAUUGCAUUAGUGCCAUGAACCCUGAUCAUGUGGUGAGAGUUGGCGGUGCAGGAAAUAAGGUGUGGAGAUAAUUUUGUUUCAGUUUUUAGAAAGAUAAUGUUUUUUUAAAAAAAGAUUAGGACCAAAAAUACGAUUGCUCUUCAUGAGCUGUACUGCAGAACAUCUUUUCCAUGAGAAUGAGUACAGGGAUUAAGCCAUCAGCUGUAGUGGUAGUAAUUUCUUCAUGCUGCUGGCAGUGUUGCUGCUUCCUUCGACAGGGAUGGGCAAGGUGAGGUUGAGGGAUCUCCAGUUGCCACUGGCAGGCUUGCAGGUGUGUAUACACCUGCAGGUCUGCCACCAACCUAGAGCUCACCUGACUUUGUUGCCACUUGACUUCAUCUCCCUCCUGGCAAGCGCAGUACCACCACUGUCAGUAGGGUGCUACUGUUGCUUCCCUUUCACUGCUAAACUGAGCCUCUUUUCGCAUUAUAGGGUGGGAUAUGCAAGUGUUAGGAAGAAAUGUGAAUUGUUUUAGCUUCUGAUGGGACUUUGAGACGUACUAAUCCUUGAUAGGACGGAGAUAAUUUAGAAAGCGGCCUUCAAAAUUAUCUGCCUCCUUCUAGUGCUUUUAGGGGGUUUGCACAUUAAAAAAAUGAAAACGCCUUAUGACCAAGUCAUAGGUUUGUUGUUGUUUGGGCCUUCUUGGGCAAAUGAAGCAACUUCAACCGACCUGUCAACAAUUCCCUGUGGAGGAGGGUCAUUUCUCCUGAAUUUCAGAUAAAUUGUUCGCUAUGUAAAAAUGACCAUUGAAAUAUUGGGAUAGCUUCACUGAAUCAAAAAUGUAUAGAACUCUGCCUCCACAGAAGCUGGUUGCUACAGAUGCAUAGUGUACACCACCAACCGAAAACUGUGCUGCCCUACUCACUGUAAAGAUGUUCAGGGUGUUGUGAGGAAGCAUUUUUCCACAUGCAGAACGUCUUCCCUUAACUGUUCUAUGAUAACCAGGAAUGAUGUUUAACAGCUUUGGAAGAAGUCAUGGUUUUGAAAUGAUUUCAAACUUUGGUUUAACGUGUUGCCUUAUUUCAAAAGUGGUAGUAGUAACUAUAAUAGAUACUCACUUUGUAUGAAAUAAGAAGCUACAUUUAAUGGAAGACGACUUGGUUGGUUCAUACCAAGGGAGGAGUGAAGGGACUGUGUUAAUGGGCCAAAGCCUUGGUCUUUCUUGCCUUAUUAAGUUGAAAUUUGAUCAUCCAAACUCAUACAGGGAGAGUUUGUCAGUAAAUGCAAUUGCCUACAUGGUGACUGUAACUUUGUUCACGACAGAUUAUUCAACUUGUGGAAGGCAAGGCAUCUGCUUAUGUAUUUGCCAGCCCUGGUUGCAAGAAGUGGGACACAUGUGCACCAGAAGCUAUUUUGCAUGCAGUAGGAGGUGAGUCAAUAGAUAGGUAAAGGUAAAGGGACCCCUGACCAUUAGGUCCAGUAGUGGCCGACUCUAGGGUUGCAGCACUCAUCUCACUUUAUUGGCUGAGGGAGCCGGCGUACAGCUUCCGGGUCAUGUGGCCAGCAUGACUAAGCCGCUUCUGGCGAACCAGAGCAGUGCAUGGAAACGCCGUUUACCUUCCCACCGGAGCGGUACCUAUUUAUCUACUUGCAUUUUGACAUGCUUUCUAACUGCUAGGUUGGCAGGAGCAGGGACCGAGCAAUGGGAGCUCACCCCACUAUGGGGAUUCGAACUGCUGACCUUCUGAUCGGCAAGUCCUAGGAUCUGUGGUUUAACCCACAGUGCCACCUGCAUCCAGUCAAUAGAUACACUGGAAUAAAUGAAACAAAAAGGUUUUCAGAUGCUGCUCUACAUUUUGUAAUAUUGUCUAUGUAUGAUAACACAGUAUGUGUGUCUGUGUACACAUAUUAGAUAAUAACCUAAAACUGCCUUUCUAUUUUGGGUUGUUUUACCAUGCAAUUUUUAUAUGAGGUAGUAUUGAAGUUAUGAUUUAAUUUACACUCACAUUUGUUGGCAUAUCUUCUCAUGUGCAAGUAAAUAAGCAAGCAAGCAAGGAUACAAAACCACUUGAACUCACUAUUGCAGUCAUUCCAAUUCUUUCAAUGGUUAGUUGAAACAUUUGAUGAAACCAGUUCACAUACAGGAAGACCUAUGUGAUAAAUUCUUUUCUGUGGCUACUGAGUUUCCUUGACAUAGCAACUACCGUAUUUUUCGCCCUAUAGGACGCACUUUUUCCCCUCCAAAAAUAAAGGGGAAAUGUAUGUGCGUCCUAUGGGGCGAAUGCAGGCUUUCGCUGAAGCCUGGAGAGCGAGAGGCGUCGGUGCACACCGACCCCUCUCGCUCUCCAGGCUUCAGGAAGCUAUCCGCAAGCCUCACACGCCUGGCGGGAGGUCCUGCCGGGCUCGCAAGGCUUGCGGGCAGCAGCCUGCAGCCCGAAGCACGGGGCGCGCUGCGGAGCAUGCCCCGUGCUUCGGGCAGAUGUCCGCAUAGGAUAGGACGCCGGGCUCGCAAGGCUUGCAGGCAGCAGCCUGUUCUGGGGGCUGGGGUCGGGGGAAGCCUGGGGGGGGGGAAAUAAUUUUUUUUUCUUUAUUUCCCCCCCCAAAAAAAACUAGGUGCGUCCUAUGGGGCGGUGUGUCCUAUGGGGCGAAAAAUAUGGUAUAUUGCUGAGUUAUAGGCCAGCUAUAUUUUGUUGUUAGGUUUUUUUCUGGUUUUUGUUACUGGCAUAAUCAUGCAUAUGAAUAUUUCAAUGUUUUUCAGUAUCUAUAAUAUUUGGAGUGUAUGCUUGUGAGCUACUUUGUCGAGAUUUCUCUUAAAGAGUUGAUUAUAAAUCAAUUAAAUAAAUGAAUUAUCCAUUAUGCUAAAAUGGGAUUAUGUAAUGGAGGGAAAUAAAUUUAGAUAACCAAGGUAUGGAAAAGGAGAGUUCAGUUCCUUUACCAAAUAACCUUGGAAGAGCCAUACCUCAGUGGUAGAAGAUCUGCUUUGUAUGCAGAACAUCCAAAGUUAAAUCCCUGGCACUUCCAGGUAUGGCUGGGAGAGACUUCUGUCUAAAACCAUGGAGAGCUGCUUCCAGUCAAGUAGACAAUACUGAGUUAGAUUGACUAAUGAUCUGAACUGGUAUAAGGCAACUUACUAUGUUUCUACAAUCCCCUUCCUUUGUAGAAAUAGAGCUGCUGUGUUUAAAGGCUAACCUCUUCUUUUUCUUUCAGGCAAGCUCACUGAUAUUCAUGGCAAUUUCUUUUGUUAUAACAAAGACGUCAAGCAUAUGAAUUCAGGAGGUGUCCUUGCUGCUUUGAAAAACCAUGACUAUUAUGCCAGUCGAGUUCCUGAGACGGUUAAACAAGCUCUUGUGCCUUAAAAUACAAAGCAUGGUGCAUUCCACUUGAUUGGGAAGGAGCUUCUUAUUAUUCUUAGCUGGAAUUGGUAAUGGCUUAUGGAAUUGGAUCAAAGUUUCAUUCUGCCACAGUGUUUAGUAAUUUCCUCUCCCUGUCACCCACCGGUUACAACAGGCAUUAAAUUUGGUUUUUAUUUGGAACAGUAGGUUACUUCAGUUAGCAUAGUUCUAAAAUUUUAUAUUGCCCCAUUACUGUGUUUAUUGUUAUUAAUCUAUACACAUUCCUGUUGAAUAAUCAAAUCUUUACACAAUCACAUUUCCUUGAUAACUUGAGAGUAAAAACUGUAAGUACCAUUAUAUUUAAUGGUGCAAAAUAAAUCACCUCUGUUUAUAAACCCUGUUCACAUGUGAAUCACUCAAGGGGGGGGGUGUCUCGUGAUGACUGGGGAGCAGGGCUACACUGCUUGCCUACUGUUUAUGCUAGGCUUCUUGAGUUCAAACAUCCAUACAAUGCUUGACCAGCAGUAUGAUGCCCCCUUUGUGCAAUUCACGUAUGAAGAGGCUAUAGACAAAUGUAUUUCAGCUUUUAUACACUGAAAGCACAAUGUGUCUUGAGUGGAUUAAAAUGACUGUGAAAAUUAAAUAUUUACCAUUUCUUAAAUGUG